AUGUCAUUACAGCGACUCAAGAAUCUAACCCUACGAUACUUUAGACCUUCUGAUAGACCAGACACUACAGGACAGGCAAUUGGAACUCGCAAUGUACAAGAACCAGCACCACCAGAUGGAAGGCUUGAUAUCAAUGCAGCAGUAGAGUCACCGGCGGCCGAUCUAGGCUACUCGUCUACUGCCGGAAGUAAUGCCUUGGUCGAUUUCAAACGGCUUGUCCACGAAGAAAAUGGGCUGCACGCCGUUUCGACAGCUCACAGUCACUCAAGUCGUCAGCCUGAAGCAUCCACCAUGCCAAGUGCGGCCAAUGUCCGACUUCCUUCUAAGAUGGCCAUAAACAAGCUGGUGGAGGUUUUCUUCAUCGAUGUCAACUGGCAGUAUUUCAUCCUCGAAAAGCUAUACUUUGAUUCCUUACUUACCUGCUGGUACGGAACCAAUGUCAAGACCUUGUCGCACCUCAGCCAUGAAGAACUCGAGAGAGAGCUUUACUAUUUUCCUGCAUUGUUGUUUCAGGUUUUGGGCCUUGCGAUACAGUUCCUAUCACUCAAAUCACCUGUCUGGGAAUUCCUGACGCAGGCUGAUAUGGCUUUGUGUCAUAAAUACAGCGAUAUUGGUGCGGAGCUGAUGACACAGGCCCAGAGACACAAUGUGGCUCUCACAACGGUUCAAGCGGAUUUUCUAAGGGCAUCAUGGUUGAAGAAUAUUGGAAAGGGCGUAGAAGCUUGGCAUAGCAUAGGGAGUGCAAUCCGAUCCGCACAAGAGCUCGAGCUUCAUCGUCACGAAGAUUUCUACAAACAUGCUUCGAGCAGCCCUGGAAUAACACUUAGUCGCGUGUGGUAUGAAGAGUAUAAACGCCGGCUAUGGAUGAACUUGUGUACAUGGGACACUUUAACCGCAAUGAUUCUUGGUCGCCCAAGGGCUAUCCAUCCUGACGAUUGCGAUGUGGAGGAACCAAGUGAGUGCAAUAUCCCACAGAAUCCAACCAUCUGUGUCCCAGGGACUCAGGAACUUAUUGGGGAACGGGACAAGCCCAACCCUGUCUCCAGCAACCUAUUCCUGUACCGGCUCUCGAAUAUUUGGCAUACUGCGAAAGCACAGAAAGCCGAUAGGUCUCCUUCAACGGAUUACUCCGUUGUUGAACGACUUCAUGACCAGGUGAACAUCAUCAUGGACCGGCUGCCACUGACGCUUCGGCAUGGCAACCCUGACUUAUCGUGGGACGAUCAAUAUCCAUACCUACGCCAGCAGAGAGAGGAUGUUCUCACCAAGGCCAAUCUAAUGUUAGUGGCAUUGCACCGUCCACACAUAAAGUACCGGGCCGAGAGCCGGCGCGCUGCAUUACAAGCUUCGAUCGUGAUAUUAGACUCACAGCACCGAGCAUUCAUAAUGGCCAGUCCACACCAAUACAAGUUCUUUGGUCUGUCCUUCUACACCAUCGACGCAUCGCUAUUGCUUUCGGUCGUAACGGCCAGGUAUCUACCACAAAAUGACAACGAGGUUAUGAUGAAGAUCGAUUUUGUCCUGCAACAAGCUAUGAACAGAUUGAGUGCAAUGCACUCAUACAGUCCAAUAGCACGCUCUGGUCUCACUAUCCUCAGCCAGUGUUACCAUGUCCUACAGCAGCGCUUGGAGUUCAACGCUGCAACAUUGUAUCUUCCAACGGCCACGGCCACGGAACUUGGAAAUUUCGGACCAGAGUUUGGAGUUGAUGCGGUGAAAGAUAGCUUGUCCGAACAGCGACGACAUUUGCCGCGCAAACAAGCUCAAGAACAUAAUCAGCAAGAGCCAGAAGUGUGUGCUCCAAUAUUUUCCUCUACAGGAUCCUCCGCAUCGAGUCGUCCAAUUUCAGACGAACCAAAUUCUUCACAAAGCGAUUGGACAUUUGACGCGAGUGCGGAUGCAAGAACAAUGUCUACAACUACAUUUCAGCCGUCUCAACAGCUUGAUCCGUCGAUUACUGACUUUGACGAGACGUACUGGCUGAGCUUGAUAAAUGAUGUAUCCGACCUGACGAAUACAGAUCCGACGGAGGCUGUCGAAAUAGGCCAAAGCGUUGAAGCAGCCUCCGUGGAGAACAAUGUUGUUUGGGAUCAAAUCCAGUUUAGUGAACCAAGCACCUAAAUGAUCGCGAUUGGCUCGAAUCUUGGAAGAUCUGUCAAUUGUCUUUUGUUAGCUGGGAAGGGGCAUUGACACUGAGAUCAAAGUUCGGUUGAUGAGCAUCAUUGGUGGCAUACACGACUAUCCAUCGGAUCGGUUUCAAUGAUCUAUACUGUCUAUUCAUGUAUCUCAUCCGGC